UAGAUUCAUAUUCAGUUUUCGCAGUGAGGUGCUUCGAUCAUUUACGAUGGUACUUGUGGAAUUAAUUGGGGUCUUCAUUUUUGCCUUGAGCAGCUUGUAUAUUUAUUAUAAAUUUGUGAUAUUUAAUUUCUGGCACAAGAGGGGUGUUUUUUAUGUUAAACCCUCUGUACCCGUCGGAAAUUUAACAGCUCUCGUAACUGGAAAGGUGCAAAUAGGCGAAUUAUUCCAGAAUGCUUACCUGAAAUAUAAGGAUCAUCGCGCUUUUGGAAUGUAUACGUUAUUUAAACCAAAUUUGGUAAUCGCCGAUCCCGAUCUUAUUCGAACGGUAUUGACAAAGGAAUUCGGGAGUUUCCAUGACCGUGGAAUGUACUUCAAUGAAAAAGUUGACCCAUUGUCCGGCAAUUUGUUUUUUAUGCCCGGAAAACAAUGGCGAAAUUUACGUGUCAAAUUGACACCAACUUUUACUUCAGGAAAGAUAAAACAAAUGUUUCCGAUUAUGAAAGAAUAUAGCGAAAAAUUUGCAAAGUAUCUGAAGAGCGAAGCACAAAUGAGGAAUUCCAUUGAGAUAAAAGACAUUUUUGCAAGAUAUACAACGGACGUGAUCAUGUCAACAGCUUUUGGUAUCGAAUCUAAUUGCAUUGAGGAUCCCAAUAACAAAUACCGAAACUAUCAAAAAAAAAUUUUAGAGAUAAAUCCAAUUUGGGUUGCCUUAUCUGCGUUUGUGCCGAAAAUUAUGGAUUUCUUUUCCAUCCCCUUGACGGAUCGACACGUCAUCAGCUUCUAUACGAACUUGUUUCGAGACACUGUAGAAUAUAGACAAACUCAUAAUAUCGUUAGAUAUGACUUCGUGAAUCUGCUCAUGCAACUAAUGAAGAGGGAUUAUGUUGAUCCUGAUGAUGACGAAAAGAUAAUUACCAAUGUAUCAUCAACUGUGAAUAAACUUACCAUGACAGAAGCGACUGCGCAAAGUUAUGUCUUCUUCGUAGCUGGCUUCGAAACCUCCGCAACAACGGCGACGUAUGCUCUGUAUGAAUUGGCUCAACAUCAAGCUAUUCAAGACAAAGUUCGCAAGGAAAUCGAUGAAAUAUUGAAAAAGCAUGGUGAACUGACUUACGACGCUGUGAGCGAAAUGACAUAUCUUCAUAAAGUAAUAUAUGAGACUAUGAGAAAAUAUCCACCUCUUCCUAUCUUGAAUCGCGUUUGUACCAAAGAAGUGGACUUACCGACAACGAACAUUCGUGUGCCAGAAGGAACAUUAAUAACUAUACCGAUACUUGGCUUACAUCGAGAUCCAUCGAUAUAUCCGAAUCCAGAAAAAUUUGACCCUGAACGAUUCAACGUAGACAAAAUAGAAGAAAGGCAUUCUUACACUUAUUUACCAUUCGGAGAAGGCCCACGAAACUGUAUCGGUUCAAGAUUUGGUUAUAUACAAACAAAGGUUGGACUCGUGAGUCUUCUGUCGAGAUAUAUAUUUAAACUUCACUCCCAGACUCCGGUCCCACUUACCUUCAGCGAAAAAGGUUUUAUUCUCACAGCGAAAAGUGGUGUGCAUCUUAUUAUUGAGCCACGAAAAUAA